UUGCUGAAGGUUCAUUACGGAUACGAAAGUCCAUGAAGAUUCUUAUUUGCGGUGGGGCUGGUCAAUUCCUAAAGGAGUCAUAUUCGAAAAAAGCAGACAUUCAAGAUAAAAGUGCGCUUGAACAAAUAUUCUUUAAACAUAAGCCAGAUGCCGUAAUGAAUUUUUGCGCUUCAAUUUCUGUCGGAGAAAGCGUAAUUGAUCCUUUAGGUUACUACGAGAAUAACGUAGCGGGAACAAUUAAUCUGCUUCAAAUAAUGAGGAAAUAUAAUGUUAAAUAUUUUAUUUUUUCAUCUAGCGCUGCAAUUUUUGGUAAUCCAAAAAAAAUACCCAUUGCAGAUAAUACUCCACCUGAACCAAUCAAUCCUUACGGUGACACUAAAUAUAUCGUUGAAAAAAUACUCGCUUUGUCAGAGAAUGCUUAUGGUUUAAAAUAUGUUUGUCUCAGAUAUUUUAACGUUUGUGGUGCUCAUGAAAGUGGUGAGAUUGGUGAAGAUCAUGAUCCUGAAACCCAUUUAAUACCAAUUAUUCUUCAAGUGGCACUUGAUAAAAGAGCUAAAAUUAGUAUUUACGGUGAUGAUUAUGAAACUAAAGACGGAACUUGUGUACGUGAUUAUAUACAUGUUACUGAUCUUGCUACAGCACAUAUCAAAGCGCUCGAGUAUAUCGUAAAAAAAAACAAAUCACAAUCAUUUAAUUUAGGUUCUGGAGAAGGAUAUACAGUCAAAGAAGUAAUAAAUGCUUCUAGAAAUGUUACUGGUCAUCCAAUUCCAGAUGUAAUGGAGACUCGUAGAACUGGUGAUCCUGCUAUAUUGGUCGCCGGAUCUACGCGUGCAGAACAGAUCCUUGGUUGGAAGAGAAAGUAUAAUACAAUCGAAGACAUUGUUGCCACCGCAUGGAAGUAUCAUAAAGCACAUAUAAAUGGUUAUACAGACCAUUAUUCUGUUUUAAAUAAUCAAGUAAAUAUCAAAUUAUGA